GGAAAGGUUUUUAAAUAGGAUACAAUUUGGAUAGCGUUUCAGCUCUAGCAGCUAAAGGCGUCAAGCUCUCUCGCUUUUCUUAGCCUGUCGAAGGCGCUUGUGUCUCGCGCAACGGUAAUUCACUGUGAUCGCCUGCUUGUGAUUGGCCUGUCGAUCGUAUCUGGUCACUGGUCUCCUGCCUCCUCGCACCUUGACGGGUUCCUCACUCGGCGUUUUCACUUCACGCCUCGCCGCCUCGUCGGCUAUAAUUACAGUUAUCUAACUAGAGAUCUAGCGCGUGCAGCACCAUCCACGCAGCUAAGUCGGGUUCACUCUGGUAUUUGCAGCGUCCCAGUCGCGCCUUACGUCUCAGCUCUACCCUUCUCAACUAGGUUUUUCGCUCUCAGACACCAUGGCAACUCGACAGGUUCAGAAGAUGGGCUCGUUGGCCAAGCUCCGCCAACAGGAGGCCACAGCCACCAACGUGGCAUCGCCUAAGGGUAUCUCCAUCAAGACACCGGGCAAGGUCCCGGUGGCACAGACCGGAGGAGACCAUUCACUUGGACUACAACGUCGUCGACUGUCGGUAGUAAGCGACAACAAGCUGGUAGAUGGGAUGGCUGCGGCUACCAUCGAAGACGUGGACAGUAGCGUGCAGGCUCUGGCAGACGGAAAUUGCGCCGUAGUGGCCUUUGCCGGGUUAUCCAAGAAGGGGUACGCUCCAUACAAUCCGCGCAAGAAGAACCAGGACGCAAUGGUCAUCAAGUACGACCAAAACACUCAGUCGCUGCUCUUGUGUGUAUUUGACGGACACGGUGAAGCCGGUGAUGGCGUGUCAGGUGCUAUUCGCGACAAGUUUGCAGUGGAGCUCUUCGCUCACGACAAAUUCGCGCGCUCUGGAGACAUUAACCAGGAUGCUGAGAGUCUACAGACGGCCAUUUUGGAUACACUACGCUCAGUGGAACAGGCUGUCCUGCGCGAUCCGAGCAUUGAUACCGAGUUCAGUGGAACGACUGCAGUAGUAUCGGUCGUUCGAGAUAACCUCGUGGUUGUCGGUAACGUCGGAGACUCGCGGAUCACUCGAGGCUUCGUUAAGCAGCUUGGACCUUCAGGUCCCGACGCGCUGGGAUGCCAGGAGUUGUCUAUUGAUCACAAACCCGAUCGACCGGAUGAGAAGGCUCGCAUUAUUGCCAGUGGAGGUCGCGUGUUUGCUGUAGAGUACGAUGACGGCAUUGACGGUCCUCCUCGUGUCUGGCUUGGACACAUGGAUGUUCCAGGUCUCGCUAUGUCGCGCUCAUUGGGCGAUGCCGUCGCACACACGGCUGGUGUGCUGUCCGAGCCGGAAUUCACCACUCGAUGGCUCGAUGAACACGAUCGCUGCCUCAUUGUAGCCACAGACGGGUUGUGGGAGUUCAUGUCGAAUGAGGAGUGCAUGGAGAUGGCCAUGGGACAGCAGGAUCCGAAAGUUGCGGUAGAUCUACUUAUCAUGGAGGCAAACCGCCGUUGGAUGAAGGAGGAGCAGGUGAUUGAUGACACCACGAUCAUUGUGGCCUAUAUUGACACCGUUGGGGUCAAGGAUGGUGUUAAGGUCGCCGCAUAAACCUGAAGGCGGGUAUAUAAACUCUUCGAACGCCUGACAUCUCUUCUCUUUCGACCCUAACUUGUGCUGCUCUAAUUUAACGUUAAUUAAAUAAAGCUCCACAUCGCCCUUUGUAGUUUGAUAUGACACCUUCGUAGUAGCUGAC